CGCAGAAGAUGAUGACUCAUUCUUGUUGCUUCUCUUCGUUGUCCAGCCAGCAACCCAAUUCACCAUCAAAAUCAUGAGUGGUUUCUCGAACCAAAACAAUCUCUCCGAGCCACUGCUGCCCCGCGGCGCACCACCAGUAGAGCCUACAAAUUCCUCCAGAAACCCUUCACCCACCACCAUCCCAAGCACCGCGCCACUUCCACCUCUAUUCUGUGCAAAAGUAUACGUACUCGUACUAAUCGCAGUCAUGCAUGACAAAUCUCCUUCCCAAGGCAAAUCAGCAUGACAAAUUCCAUUUGUAAUGCUGAGCGAAUUUGUAUUGCGAUUACUACUAGUACGAUCCUUUUGCAUUUCAUAACCUCCGCGCAGCAGCAAAAAUGCCAUCGUCCGCAGCGCCGAGGUCCCCGGCAUGGUCGCUGGCUGGAUGCAGCAGAGACGAAACCGCCUGCAGAACCAACACGAGGAGAGAAACUUCGCCAAACGGGUCCGUCGCGCCGCGCAACUCGCGAGACAGGAGUCUACCGCGUCGGCUUCGACUGGGUUCGCAGGAUUCAGUCGCGCCAAUAGCAUGCAGCCUGGUGGACAGUUUUUAUCGGGGGCAUUUGGAAGUGGAGGUUCAGAACAGCUGUCCUCGGGUUUGUACAGUCUGGAACGAGAUGGAAAUUCCUCAACGGCGACACCGUCCGCUAUGGGACUCUCGAAGGCCGCUACAUCGAGUGAUCGCUACAACUUGUACAUGAUUUUGUAAAUGGAUGCCAAUGCACGAGCACGUUUAGCAAAUGCAAAAGCAUGUUGUGCAUGUGCGUCGUGCGUGACUGACAGAUUGGGCACGGAUAAUUCCAAUGCUGCUUAGUGGGCGGAGAAAGUUCUUGUCAUGCGAAGUUGUAGUUUGAUCGUGUGGACGAGGAUCGUCGUCGUCAGGAUGCUUGUGCAGCAUGCCAAAUCAUGUAAAGAGGAAGAGCGACCUUCAACGUAACGCUUGAGACUUCCAUAUCCGCUUCGCAGCAGCUUCUCCUCGCUGCCGCCGCCAGCGCCAGUCGCAGCGGCACACGGGAGCUGUUUCAGCAGCAAUUGUCCGCGAGCGACAGGCUUCGCCGGGCGGUCAAGGCGACCCAGGCGGUUUCCGCGUUUCGGAGUGUGGUCGGGAAUAGUAGCAAUGCGGCUCUUGCGAGUACUAGUAGUAACCGAGUUGGAGGACCAGCACGAGUUCCGCGACCCGAGGGCGAAACAGCUAGUGAUGGUCCGCAGGCUUCCUCGUUGUCGCAACCCUUGCUGUCGCCAAGAACCCUCCAGGCCACCAAUACACAACUAGACCAGGUCCGCCUAGACAGUGACUUCUUGCCGCCACGACCAUCCUAUCUGGACGACCUCAACCUGUUCGUCGGCAGGCCGUCGACCACUUCUCUUCUCUCUUCCGGCUCGAAAACUACGGGCAGUAACUACCGGGGAGGAAACGAGGUAGUACAAGAAUUCGCAACAGAACGUCGGCAUGAUAACGGAGAGUUGGAACUGCCCCUUCUCUCCAAAACAACGAAUGGCUCGGCAAAGCUACAUAACAACGAGAACGAAGACGAACGCGACCUCCAAUCUGCAGGACAACUAGAGGUAGAGCCUCGGUUUCCUUCGCAAAUCCAACAGCAGCAAGGCAACAUCCCCCAGGAGCGCGUCCGGCAAUUCUCGUUCAGAUCUCUGUCGAAGUUAUCAAAAGGAAAAUGCCCCCCUGCCCCAUGCACGCAUUACAAAUCGCCUGCGCGGCCAUGUGGCGGACAGCCUGAGUGUACCUUCUUGCAAGACAGGCCCGAUCUGUGCCCACGGAUCUGCGUCACAAAUUUUCCUACGGAUGCGCUCUCAAUAUGGGAAGGGUGGAUUUUUCCUUGCAAUAGAAGUCCAGCGUAGUUUCCUCCCUAGCCUUGGACGAAGAAUGGUAUUUGCGCAUCGGAUAUGCAUCGGAAAUAUGUCUGGGUCUGGAAGACUAAAACUUGUGAUGCUAUCUCUGGAUAAGUCUAAAAUAAAAGUCUGUAUUACAUGACCAGCAAAAGGAGUCCAGUUUUUGCCACGCGGAGAUGGCAUUUGUCUUGCCGAUGAAUACGCAUCGAAAAGCCCUCUCAAAAUCUGUGAUGCUAGGCCAUGCAUUACAGGCAUCAUGGGUCAUGCUCAUGCAAAAUAUGCAUGACAAACCUAGCAAUUAUCUUCCAAAUAACCCAGACGCAUUUGCAUUUGAUAUUGGAAACAGCUGGAGCAGCUGGCUGGCCUACCUCGUGCAGGAGGGGUUCUACUACGCUUUCCUCGUGUUUGUCAUCUGCAUCUGGGUUGUUGUCGCAUUGUUUCUUUUCUGCUGGGAAAACAGCAGCUACGGGGCGUUUGGCGGCAGCGAUCCCUGCGUCGCGGUCCUGCAGGACGUGACGCGGUGGGACGGCAACGGGUCGAAUCCGCAGGAGGAAGGCCACGCGCCGGCCUUCAUGAUAUCCUGUGCAAAUAAAGUAUCGUACUCGUGCUAAUUGCUUUUAUGCAUUUACAAAUCUUGUCCUUAAGGUAAAACAGCAUGACAAAUUCCAGCUCUCAUGCUGAGGAAAUUUGUAUAUGCAUUUAAAUACGAGCACGAUACUUUUGCAGUUCAUACAUGAUGGCGAGAGACGAUUUGCCAGACGUGAUGUGGGGCGGGGAUGAACAUCAGCAAGAGGCGGGUGACUAUGCUUGGUUGCAAAGUAGUUAUGGAAGACAAGACGGCAUUGGUGACCAGGCAACUACACGACCUGGUGCCGCUGCCGACGAUUUCCUCUACAAAAACGGGUGUCCCCGGAGCCGCCCGAUUCGUCUGCAGCCGGAAAGGCUCACCGCGUCCGAUUGGUUUUUUCACUCGGGUCCGCGGCACAUUUCCUUUAUGGACUGUCUGUACAUGGGCAUCUCGCUCGCGACGAACACGGGACUGCAGUCCUUCCAGUGGGCCGCGUUUUCCCCGCUGUCCCACGUCAUUGCGUUGCUGACCAUGAUCCUGGCGUCCACGCCCAUGCUGGCGCUGUUUCCGCCUCUGCUAAGAAGGUACGACUUUCGGAAGCAACACAAGAUUUGGCUGCGAAAACAUUUAGAGCACAUUGAUUCUCUACUGCGCGUGGUCUUGCACGAAGAAGAACAGCAGGGGCAGGACAGGACCGAUCCAAGGCCUCCUCAGCUUCCCGAUGAGGUGGCGCGUAAAGAGCAGGUGGAUCUACACCUUGGGACUUCGCUCGCCGGGAAGACGAGGGAAACGAAAACAACGCCGACUGUUCUUCAGAAAGAAAUUCUACUGGAGGACGAGGAAAAGAAGGCAGCGAAAGACGAAGAUCUUGAUGACAUGGAGUUCGCUAUGGAGUCGGCACGAAAGCAGAUGUAUGAACUGCAAAAGUAUCGUACUCCUACUCGUAUAAAUGGUGCAUUACAAAUUUCCUCAUUAUGAGAAAUAAAAAUUUGUAAUGCUGAUUUGCCUUCAGAAAAAAAAUGCAAGACUUGCAUUUAUACGAGUACGAUACUUUUGCAAUUGAUAAGAUGCUAGCCGGAGCAAAAGAGGCGGAAUUGAUACUCACGCCGAGCAGGAGCAAAAAUAAUCCAUCGAAUCAAAAUGAAAAUCUUCGUGCUGAUGGUCCUGAAGAUCCUGCAACGCUCAUUCCCGUGGUCAACGGGCUAUCGUUUUCUGCCGCCGCGAGUUCAUCUACGAGCCUAUGCAGUGCAAAAGUAUCGUACUCGUAUAAAUGCAUUACAAAUUUCCUCAGCAUGAGAAAUGAAAUUUGUAAUGCUGCAUUGCCUUAAGAACAAGAUUUGUAAUGCAUGAUUGCAAUACGAGCACGAUACUUUUGCACAGGAUAAAGCCAGACGAGGAACAACUCAGCGACUACACCCGCCAAGAACAUCGCAGCAUCGGAAGGAGAAGCCACGAUGAUGAGUCCAGUGCUGGUAAUAUCAGGGUCUGGUGCGCACGAGAACGUGAACGUCGCAGAAAGGCACACAACAAAUCAAGCGAGUGCCGGGCUCCUCGUCCGAGAAAACGACAGAGGAUCUGGGACAACAGCUGCAGCGGGCACAUCUUCAGCACCUGUAUCUGAGACGGGAUCGGGACUUAGAAAAGAACCACAAGUACCAUCCCCAUCCGUCAUCAACCUGGUCGACGCUGCAACGACCGAUCCCGUGCUCGCAACCCCCUCGUCGAUGUCGCGACCACCUUUGUCCGCGGAUCCAGCGAAAAUUUCCACUAACAGCACGGACGAGGAACAGAUUGCUCUUUCCUCCAUGGAUGGCAGCCUGAACACCGGGACCAGUCACGCAAAUUCCGCGGCCGUAUGCAUUGACAAGAUAAAAGCAUCGUCGCCCUCGGACUAGUUGUUGAAUGAUUUUUGCAUCACAAAUCCUGUUCUCCAAAACGAAACUUCAUCAACUCGUGUUACUUACUGCUGCGAUAGGACCUUUAGGAAAGACGAGAUUUGUGUUUUUUCACACGUCUGUUCUGUUUUGUCAUCAGAAAGAACGGCUGCACUAGCACGAGUGCGAUAUAAUUCCAACUUUUGCAGUGGAUAUUUUAUUGGCGACACCGGGGACAACGCGAGUCAAGGCACAGCAAGUGUUGCGCUCGGUGGGGGGGGCAGCGUCGGUG